AUGGGAAAGAUGUCCCCCUCAGUCCGUUCCCUAGUCUCAACCUCCCUCAUCAAAAAGCCACCUUCUUCAUCCCCAUCUCAUAAACCCCACACCCACCUCACCGGAAAACCCCCACCUCAAAAUUCCGGCAAAACCCAAACCCAGACCCACAACCCAUUCACCUCCCCAAACCUCUCAGACGCCAAAAGGGUCUUCAAUUCCAUCGCCACCUCAACAAGAAACCCUCUUGAUCUUCGCCGCCACAACGCCCUCCUCCAAUCCUACGCCGCAAUCUCCACCGUCAACGACUCCAUCGCUUUCUUCAACCACAUGAUCAAAACCCAGCCGGCAUUCUCGCCGGAGCGGUCCACCUAUCACAUCCUGCUCGCCCAGUCCUGCACUGUACCUGAUCAGACCCUCCAGUCUGUUCACCAAGUUCUCAACUUUAUGGUCAACAAUGGCUUCCACCCAGAUAAGGUCACCACCGACAUUGCCGUCCGGUCACUCUGCCUUGCCGGGCACGUCGACGAGGCAGUGCAGGUGAUGAAGCAAAUGGCGUUGAAAAGCACGGUACCGGAUGCUUAUACUUAUAACUUUCUUGUCAAGUGUCUAUGCAAGUCGAGAGUUUUGAGUACUGUGAGAGGUUUUAUUGAUGAAAUGAAGUCUUUUGGUUUGAAGCCGGAUUUGGUUACAUUUACGAUUAUGAUUGACAAUGUAGCUAAUAGCAAGAAUUUACGUGAGGCUACUCGAUUAGUGGACGAGUUGGAGAAGGAGGGGUUUAAGCCGGAUUGCUAUGUGUAUAAUACGAUUAUGAAGGGUUAUUGUAUGCUGAGUAAGGGGAAUGAGGUGGUUCAGGUGUUGAAGGAGAUGCAGGCGAAGGGAGUGGAGCCUGAUCUUGUUACAUAUAACACUCUGAUUUUUGGGUUGUCGAAGUGUGGCAGAGUUAUGGACGCGAAGAAGUAUUUGUGGAUCAUGGUGGAAAUGGGGCAUUUCCCCGAUGAGGUGACUUAUACUUCGUUGAUGAAUGGAUUGUGUCGGAAAGGGGAUGCAUUGGGUGCAGUGGCAUUGUUGUCCGAGAUGCAAGCGCAGGGGUGCAGGCCGAAUGAGUGCACCUAUAAUACGUUGCUUCAUGGGUUGUGUAAGGGAAGGUUGUUAGAGAAAGGGCUCGAAUUGUAUGGACUGAUGAAAAAAGAUGGGAUGAAGCUUGACACUGCUUCGUAUGGUACGCUUGUGAGGACACUUUGUAGGGCAGGCAGGAUUGCAGAUGCUUAUGAAGUGUUUGAUUAUGCAGUUGAGAGUAAGAGCUUGACAAAUGUUUCUGCUUACUUGACUUUGGAAGCUACAGUUAAGCAGGUUAAGAAAGCCCGACCUUGAUAUAUGACAGUUUUGUUGAGGGGAAGUCUUAGGUUGGGUUGUGCACUUGUGCUAGAGUUUUUAAGACUCAUCCUUGGUGAAGCAAGAAGGUUGCUUCAUAGUUUCAAUCUAUCUGCAUCUAGCCAACCAUCUCCAAGGAACACCAAACUCCAAAUGCAAGGUCCUGGACAUGAGCCAUUGGAGCGGGGAUAAAUGUAUUGCAAUGUACGUGAUGCUGCUACUAGCGGAGCACCUACUCACCCAGUGGAGCCAGAUCAACCAACUGACACCAGCCUCCUUUUUAAGCUUAAUUCCCACUUUUUUGGUUUCACCAUCUGGAGCAAAAGUUCUGCCCUCGGCAAGUUAGCCUCCAACAAAAUGACCCUGGUCUU